UUAACGACAAACACAUUUCAGUUGUUUUGCAUGCAAAAUAUUCCAGAACAUUUCAAGGAUCAGCUCAGCACGUACGACUGUGUCAGAACCGUGUGGGUAUUAGUCUUGAGAACCUUCCCUCCAUCUAGUCAUCAGUGGUCCUCUGAUCAGAGACUGACCAAGGCUGCGUGGCAGAGGGUGGCUGGGCAAUUAUGCGAGUGAACAGUCUGUAAUUGUAUGCAUAUAAUAUGUAAUAACAUGUCUGGUGAGUGCAUACAGCUGGAUGACGGUCAUCCAUUCUUCUGUUCUCUGGUUGCCCGAGGCCUGAACAACAGAUUAUUGUGGCCCAACUUUAUCCUGUCAUGCACUUGAUGUAUAACAUCCUCCCAUUUCAACCUCUCCCCCACUGUAGCUGUUCAGGUGACGCACUGCAGCCAAGGUGUCACAACGGAAUGUGGAGGUCCUUCUGUGUUGAAUACAUGUUUUGUUGGAGGGGGCUGCUGGGGGCAAUAAGCUUUAAUGAGGGGGUUAGUAGACCCACUAACCACAGCUUGGCCGGAGUCGUUUGGCCGCGCUGAUGAAUGGACUGGCGCGCUGUAAAUCAGCCAAUGGGGUAAGAGCAGCCGGAUUCCUCAUGCCACUGAUGUCACCACCGUCGUUCCUGAAACAGAUCCAGACUUGAACGUGCCGACUGUAGACAGAUGUUCAGCUCUAGAGAUGUGCCUUUCUCCUCUCUCCGAUAUUCCCUACCUGUCUCAAAAUUCACUAGCGUUAGCAGAAAGAGUAUAUCACCCAAAUCCUGUUUUCUUUGUGUUAUAUUAAUAAAAGGCUCGACUGCUGUUAUUGUCCUUAUGGUCUAGGCAUACUCAGUGAAUCAACUUGAAAGAAGAAACUGAUUCUGGCAUUUUCCGACGUUUUCUUUGGCAUUAAGCACUGUUUGGUCCUGUACAGUUUAUCCGAGCUGUAGAAUGCACCCACCCUACAGCAGCGCAGUACUGAUGAAAACAACAGGGUGCAAUUUGCAAUAUAACCAUUCAUACCAUUUAAAUCAUUCAUGCAUUAAGUAUCAGAGAGCAGUAAAAUCUAAUAUUCUAUAACUUUCAUUUUUUCGUAUAGUUAUGUUCUCACACUAGAAACAAAAUGCUGGAAUAAAUUCACUACUACUGCUGUCGUCACGUGACAUGAAUGAUUCUGAUUACCUGUUGUUCAUUGCAGGUGAAACUCCACUGAAGAUUUUUUGCCUUUUGGUGGACCAGCCCAAAUGCUUAAAUAUGGCGAACACAGCAGAGUGCGCGUUCAGACUAAGACUCUUCUGGGAAUACCUUGUGACUAGGGCCAGACUACACUAGAAAAAGACAUGGACGCUGUACCUGUGGUCACUUUGGAGGGGCAGCUGACGUCAGCAAUGCCACUGCCCCCCAGUAGAACUACGGGAGUAACUACAGGAAGCACUACUGAAGGCAGGCCUGAGCUUCUCUGGAACAUCUCCUCCAAGAAUGGUGCUAAACCAGUACCUCAGUUGCAAGAACAUGUGAAGGAAUUACACAGAAGGACACAAUUUAGCCAAGGUCCGCAUCCAUGUUGCUUAGAGACCAAAAUGUUGGACCAAAAUGCUGGUGAUAUUUAUACUGUUCCACCAGACCAUGCCUGUUCUCCCAAAGGUGGUGCGGUUAAACUGGGACCUACUACAGAUCUGCACAUUCAGAGGAGCAAGCAUGUCUAUGAAACCGGGACUACUGUGAUUGAGAAUGCAACGAAAGACCAAGGAGUAUCUUCUGUGGGCAGCAAAGACAAACAUGAUCCUAAUGGGCGUCAUGGAAUUGACCUUACGGGAUGGCCACAAGAGGACAAACAUUUUGGGCUUGUCUCAGUAAAUGGAUGUGGACAUGCUGUGGACACUGGUGCUCCCUGCCCAGUUCCUGCUUUGGUGGUGAGCUCCCAGUUGGAGCCCUCGUGCCCUCCCACAGUGCCCCUUUCACCUGGCUCCACCCCUCCCACAUCUGCUCCCCUCUCCGGCCAGAGGGGAACAGAUCUCCCCCGCAUCGUCAACCACAAACCCAGCUCCAUCGCCUUCGCCGAUUACGGCUGCCCUCCGGGUCCCCACCGGGGCGGCCGCGGGAGCUCCAACUCCAGCGAGCCUUCGUCGGAAGAGGACAAGGAUGACGAUAACGACGAUGUCUUCUUGGAGACGUCCCGGUGUGGGGAGACCCUCCCUGGCUCCAGGCGCAGGAGAGGAGCAGGGGGCGGAGGGACUGUGGGUGGAGGAGACGUGGAGGAGAAGAGCUCAAGCACUACGUUCGCCGGCUCCACAGAUACCACUGGCUACGAGGCUGAGGAAGAAAGCAACAGCAAAGUGGAGUCUCCUCUGGUCCCGCUAUCUCCAUGGUCACAGUCCAUGAGCCAGCUCAUGAAGUGGCUGGACCAGCUCAACCUGGACAUAGAGGAGGCCAUCAGUGCCGGCUCAUCUCCCUCGGACACGCCCUGUACCUGUCGGAGACAGCCAACCAGUGACAGAAACACUCAACAGAAGGCAGCGGCGUGGGCAACAUUGGGAAGUCAGUCCCUCGACAGCAGUGGCACAACCAGAGGGCCGGACUGGGAGGAAUGCCACGGCCUGGGAGUCUUCUCGUCUAACUCAUCCUCCGUGACCAGAGCACGCCCGAGAAAGGCGGAGAUGUCCACCAAGAGGAGGCACGGAAGAACAGAGAUUGAAGCGAAGGAAGCCUGUGAUUGGCUGCGAGCUGCAGGAUUCCCGCAGUACGCACAGCUGUUUGAAGAUUCUCAGUUCCCCAUAGACAUCUCUCCUGUGAAGAAAGAUCACGAUUUCUUGGAUAAAGACCUUGUGGAGCCCCUGUGCCGGCGGCUCAACACCUUGAACAAGUGUGCCUCUAUGAAACUUGAUGUAAACCUUCCCAAAAAGAAAAGUGAGGACUCAGAUGAGGACAACCUGUUCGCCAUCAGCGACAAAUGGACCUUUGAGUGGAGCAGCCGGCGCUGGUCCAGGCUCCAGGACAUCGACUGCCUGCUGGGAGGGGUGGAGCACGGCAAGUCUGUGGAGGAGUCGGGUCUGCGGACCACGCACAGCAGAGAGAGCGUCCUCACGGACCUGAGCGAACCUGAGGCCUCAUCCGUGCACAGUGAGAGCAGCAGCAGCAGCAGGGGAGGGUUGUGUCCUCCGAGCGCCGGCGACUCAGACACCGCGCCUGAGCGCGGCUCGCUGGCGGCGGCCCCCUGCUCCCCAGACCCGCCCGGCUACGGUUCACUCCCAGCCAAGGGUCUCAAACGGGGCCACGCGCGUGCCAAAGACUUCCUGUGGCACAUGGAGGCCCUGCGUACGCGCACCGGGCCGCCAGCCGGAGCCCGACCCGCCUGCGCUGCUCCGGUGAUCAGCGCGCCCGUCCUCCGGCACGAGCCCCACGCCGCCGGGGCCCUUCGCCGCUUGGAGAUCGUCGACAGCAACGCGGGCUCCCCCGAGCCGCCCCCGGGCGUGGACGGCCUGUCGCGGUCGAGCGGAGAGGGCAGCGGGAGUCUGUCAAGCGGCAGUGCGGUCAGCACGCCCAGCCUGACGGACCGCAAGGCCCACCGCGCCCGCCACAAGCGCGCCGGGGUUUAUCUGGAUGACCUGGACGUCUUCACUGUGCCCGCCGCCGCAGGCAGGGGCGUGGCCGAGCAGAACCGCCGUAACGAGUUCCGCUCCUACGAGGACCUGGUGGUGCACAUACCCAAAGACCACAAGCCGGGCACUUUCCCCAAAGCGCUGUCCAUCGAGAGCCUCUCACCCACAGCAGCGCCGCCCUGCAAGCCGGCGGAAAGGGUGCGGCCGCCCGCCGCCAGGGAGCCGCGGCCCAUCACGCAGUGCUGCUCACGCGGAAGUCGCAUCAGCGUCUACGAUAAUGUGCCCGGUUCGCACCUCCACGCCAGCACUGGCGACCUCAUUGAUCUGGAGAAGGAAGCCCUGUUCCCCCACCUGGACGACAUUCUUCAGCACGUCAGCGGCCUGCAGCAGAUCGUCGACCACUGGUCCAAGAACGUCCUUCCCAUCGGGGACAGUGGUGCCCCCUGCCUGUCGCAGGUGGAUGCCGCCAUCCAGUCCUCUGGCCACAUCACGCUGGACCUGGAACGCCAGCCCAGCAACGGUGACAGAGACGGCAUCUCGCUUAACGAGAGCGAAAGUACUGGCAGGAGGGAGAGGAGAGACUCUGGGGUAGGGGCCUCACUCACCAGGCCUAACCGCUUGCGUUGGCCGAGCUUCCAGAUGACCAGCCGUCUGAGCCGGUCGGUGGCCUGCCUCCAGAUCAGCAGCCAGUCGGCAGCACAGCUCAGCCUGCUGCAGAGGUUCUCGCUGCUCCGGCUCACCGCCAUCAUGGAGAAGUACUCCAUGACCAACAAGCACGGCUGGACCUGGUCAGUGCCCAAGUUCAUGAAGCGCAUGAAGGUGCCCGACUACAAGGAGAAGAAUGUGUUUGGUGUCCCUCUGAUCGUGCAUGUUCAGCGCUUUGGGCAGCCUCUACCUCUUGGCCUUCAGCAGGCUCUACGCUACCUCAGGAGCCAGUGCCUCGACCAGGUGGGCCUUUUCCGUAAAUCCGGAGUGAAGUCUCGCAUCCAGGCACUCCGGCAGAUGAACGAGCAGUCUCCGGAGGACGUGACCUAUGAGGAGCAGUCUGCCUACGACGUGGCAGACAUGGUCAAGCAGUUCUUCAGAGACCUUCCCGAGCCUCUCCUCACUAGCAAACUGGGAGAAACCUUCCUCCAUAUUUACCAACACGUGCCCAAGGAGCAGCGCUUGCAGGCUGUCCAGGCGGCCAUCAUGCUGAUGUCGGACGAGAACCGGGAGGUGCUACAGACCUUGCUCUGCUUCCUCAGUGAUGUCACUUCCUCCGUCCAGGAGAACCAGAUGACACCCAUGAACAUCGCCGUGUGUCUGGCUCCUUCACUCUUCCAUCUUAACAUCCUGAAAAAGGACAACCUCUCCCCCAGAGCCAUGCAGAAGAAAUAUGCCACUGGGCGGCCUGACCAAAAGGACCUGAAUGAGAACCUGGCUGCCACUCAGGGCCUGGCACAUAUGAUCACAGAGUGUAACCAGCUGUUUGAGAUCCCGCACGAGAUGGUGACGCAGUCGCGGAACUCGUAUGUGGAGGCGGACCUGCAUGCCCCCACUCUGGACGAGCUCCGUAGGCCACGACACCGCCGCGGCGAGGAGGAGGACGAGGAGGAGGAUGAGGAGCAGGAGGAAGGCUCCUGGCAUGCGCAUUUCGAUGCCAGGAUACACAGCCUGCUGAAGGAGGCGCGAGAGAAAGCCAAGGGCUGGAUGACCUGCCAAAGCUCAGAUAACACUGAGCUCUCCUGCAAGAAGGUAGGUGACGGCAACCCGCUCCGGCGCUGGCGGGUUUCUGUGGAGGUGGAGGCGCCUCCCUCGGUGGUGCUGAACCGCGUGCUGCGUGAACGCCACCUGUGGGACGUGGACCUGCUGCAGUGGAAGGUGUGCGAAGUCCUGGACAAGCAGACGGAGGUCUACCAGUACGUGCUAAACGCCAUGCCCCCGCACCCCAGCCGGGACUUCGUGGUGCUGAGGUCGUGGAGGACGGACCUGCCGCGGGGCGCCUGUGCUCUCGUGGCCGUCUCCGUGGAGCAUGAGGAGGGCGCGCUCGUGGGCGGUGUUCGGGGCGUCGUGCUGGAGUGCAGCUACCUGUUGGAGCCGUGUGGCUCGGGCAAGUCUCGACUCACACGCAUCUGCAGGGUGGACCUCAAAGGGAGAACUCCGGAGUGGUAUAACAAGGCAUUUGGACACCUCUGCGCCGCCGAAGCCGCCCGCAUUCGUAACUCUUUCCAGCCGAUCCACGCGGAGGGCCCGGAGACCAAAAUCUGAGCCGCAGUCUGUGCCUGCUCGCUGGCUUCGCGUACCGACACCUCUGCCAGGACACACCGAUCUCUGGAUACCCUCAGCAAUACUGUGAGCCUAUGAAGUUGGGAGAUGGCCGAUGUGGAAAUGUCAACGGACCUACGUUUUUAUGCUUUUGUUUAUUUGUGAUGUUCGAUUAUUGUAAUUAUCAUUAUUUGUAUAAUAAUUAAUUAUAUUGGUAUGUAUUUGCUGUGCGCAUAAUCUUAUACAAUGUAUACAACAUCUGAACUCCUAAAUGCUUCUGAGAAGUAUAUGUUUUAAAAUCAAAGAUAAAGCUAUAUUUGAUCAUACAUGUGCCACACAUCCACAUAGAUACAUGCUUGUGUUUCGUGUGUGUGUGUGUGUGUGUGUGUGUGUGUGUGUGUGUGUGUGUGUGUGGGUAUAUGCGUGCCCUGUAUAGGGUGGGCAUUACCAAAAGCCUCAUGUUGUACAAAUGUUUUGCCUUUAUGUUGAUAUCUUUUUUUGCACUGAUAUCAGUUUGAUUUGUAUGAUACUAAAUGUUACUCGGAUGUAAGCUGGUAUUACUUUGCCUUCUGAAUGGGUGCGAUAUUAUUUUAUUGCAAUAUUAAUGUUGUAAGGAGAUAAAACAAAAUGACAUGGGUUUGAUUUUCUCAGACCUGCUUUGUAGUACUGGAUUAUAUAGAGGACAGAAGUCAGAGACGAUGUCUUUUUAAAAUAAACUGUAAAUGAAUUGUUA